AAAAUUCCCAAAUGACCUUGUUGAAUAAACCCUUAAUCCUUUGUUCACAUUGUUGCAAUUGCAAAUCAACGAAACAAUGGCGGGACCUGACCCCUCUCCUUCUCCAAAGAUCCUUCUAGCAAAGCCAGCACUCGUCACCGGAGGUACAGUCGCCGGUAAAUUCAGUCGUGGCGGCGCCGCCGAAGAAGAUUCUUCGCAGCUCCGUUCCCGUCUUCCUUCCGUCGCAUCCCUCAACCUUCUCUCCGAUUCCUGGGAUUUCCACUUCGAUCGCUUUCUCCCCUUUUUGACUGAGAAUACUGACUUCACUGUGAUUGGAGUGAUUGGACCACCCGGAGUUGGAAAAUCUACUAUUAUGAAUGAACUUUAUGGUUUUGAUUCAAGUUCUACUGGGAUGUUACCACCUUUUGCUAUACAAUCUGAAGAGAAUAGAGCAACCGCAAGACAUUGUUCUAAUGGCAUUGAACCAAGGAUAUCUGCUGAACGUAUUAUUCUUCUUGAUACACAGCCUGUAUUUAGUGCUUCUGUUUUAGCUGAGAUGAUGAGACCUGAUGGCUUUUCAACAAUUUCUGUGAUGAGUGGAGAAUCCUUGUCAGCUGAAUUGGCUCACGAACUUAUGGGUAUUCAGCUUGCCGUUCUUCUAGCAUCCAUAUGUCACAUUGUGCUGGUGGUGUCGGAGGGAGUUCACGAUGAUAGCUUGUGGCAUUUAAUGUCGACUGUCGAUUUGUUGAAGCAUGGCAUUUCAGACCCAUCCUUGCUGUCUUCAUCUGGGUCACAGAGCUCUAGCACAGGGCAUGAUAAAGAUAACAAAGUUCCUGAAUGUGAAUACAUGGCUACUCCUGUUUUUGUACAUACCAAGCUACAAGAUCAAGAGUUGACUCCUAAAAAUUGUUUGCAGCUGAGGAAGGCGCUCAUGCAGUAUUUCAAACAAUCUUCUUUUGUUGGAGAAAACACUGGAAUCAAGCCCAACGAGCACGUUUCAUCUUCUAUGGUUCACAGCAGUCCCUUGGAUUCUGACACGCUAAAUUUGUUUACAAUCCCAUUUAAGAAAAAAGAGGAAAAUCCAAGAGCUCAGCAUGAGAGUUACAUUUCCGCUCUAUGGAAAUUAAGGGAUCAGAUUUUAUCAAUGAAGUCGCCAUCUUUCAGGAGAGCAGUGUCUGAGCGUGAAUGGUUGAAAAAUUCAGCCAAGAUAUGGGAACAGGUUAAAAACUCCCCUACGAUAUUUGAGUACUGCAGAACACUUCAAAAUUCCGGUAUGUAUAGGAGGUAGGAGUUUACCGAAGGUAGAACAUUUUAAAACAGUCCCCGAAAUUUUAUUUCAAGAGUAUCUUAUUUUAUUUUGAUGUAAAAUUAUCAUCUUGUAUGAAUGUUACAUUUAUAGCGCCAAUUUCAUAGCUGGUGAGUACAAUGCUAUUAGCUAUUGCAAUGCUAA